AAGAUGAGGUCACUAUACUGCUUCUACACCUGCGCGUCGCAACGGAUUUUCCAAAAAUUUUCAGGCAUCUGCCCCCUUCGUGCGCGUCAUAUGCUUUUUUUGCAGGCUUCGAGCGAAUGUAUAGCGCGCUAUUGUCUAUGUGUAUGUCUGCUCACUAUACUGAUGCUGCUGGCUGCUGUGGACUGUGGGCCAUACUCUUUGUGUACACACUAUAACAUGAGGAGUAUAUCUAUACGUGCAUAGAGAUAGCGUGUCUCUCUGUCUGCUCUCGCGCGGCAGCUCAUUACACGACACGAUGACGUUCGCGAUUGUUGUCUUAAUUUACGUUUCGUUAUUAUCCCUUUGCUGAUCUACAUUCGCGAGUCGAGAGGAUCGAGCGAUUGGAAGAGAGAGAGAGAGAGAGAGAGAGCUGUGACGAUGCUUCUCGUAGAUUCCACUGAGCUCCGGAAGUCGUGACGCUGUUUACGUGAGCGUUAAAAACUUUCUCUCCAGGCACAAGUCAAUACACACCUAUAUCACCGGACCAGUGCUUUGUGAUAAGAAGAAACACAACGUUUGUAACGAAUGCAUACAAUGGGGUACCUGAUAAUCUCUUGGUCAAUAGUGUGGCAUUUGUUUUUCUGGUGUUGUUGUUUGGUCUGCUUCGGAAGAAAGCUUGGAAUUAUGGGCGGUUGGCCCUCUUGCAUAAAACAGAGAACAGGUGGAUGGAGCUGUUUUAUGGUGAGCAUUCUGAAUCUAGAGAUGGUGAAGUGACAUGCAUAGAAGCAUCCGUGAAUUCACAUCUUUCCCAUACGGAUAGAGGAUUUCUAUCGUGGAUAGUAACAGCUUUCAAAUUACCAGAUGUUGAGCUGUUGAAGAGAGCUGGUCCAGAUGGCCUACUUUAUGUCUCUUUUCAGAGACAUUUAAUUGUAUUGACUGCCAUGAUGACUGCCGUUUCGCUUUGCAUCAUUUUACCGAUCAAUUUUCAUGGGAAAAACAGCGGAGAUGAAAGUACUUUCAGUCACACAACCAUAUCCAAUCUUGAUUCCAAGUCUCAUUGGCUCUGGGUACACACGCUGAUACUCCUAUCAUAUUUGCCUAUUGGAGCAGUUGUCAUGCGACGAUUCAUAAAACAAGUCAGAGAUAUGAAACCAGCAGGAGAGUUGGCAGCAAGAACUUUGUUGAUCACAGAGAUUCCAAAGCACCAAUGCAAUGUUGAUGGAUUGACAGAAUACUUUACAGAAGCUUUCCCCACUUUAACCGUCGAGGAUGUAACUCUAGCAUAUGAUAUUAAACAACUAACGAAAUUGGAUGCAGAAAGAGACUGCGCCGAGCAGGCGCGACUUUAUUGUGAGAAUUACAAUAGAAGAAAGGGGCCAUUGAAAAUGUAUCCCCAGCUUUGUGGCCAGGUUGUGGGAUGCUGCUUCAAACAACAACACGUGGACGCGCUUGAAUUCUACACGGCGGAAGAGGCGCGUCUGACAACUCUCGUCGAGGAGGAGAGAAAAGUUUCCUUGAGUCGACCGAUAGGUGUAGCAUUCGUGACGCUGGGCACGCCGGGAGCCGCGAGGACUAUGCGUCGGCAGCUGCGCUCCUCGCCGUCCAUCAAGUGGGUCGUAGACUAUGCACCGGCACCCGCGGACAUAUUUUGGGAAAAUUUGAGCAUCGCCAGGCCUUGCUGGUACUUCAAUGCGAUUAUGAUCAACACCUUGUUGGGCCUUACUAUGUUCUUUCUUACGACACCUGCUGUCGUGGUGACGGCAGUGAACAAUUUGUCGACGACCGGAGAGAUAAAAAAGCUCAGCCCUCUGCUGUCAGCCUUCCUGCCAACGGUCCUGCUGGUCAGCGUGGCUGCGCUGAUGCCGGCUCUGGUUGGACGUAGCGAAGCUCUGGUGAGGCACUGGACCAGAAGUGGCUUGAAUAGAGCUGUUAUGAGGAAGACGCUGCUCCUGCUUCUGUUGAUGGUACUGAUUCUACCGAGUUUAGGAUUGACCAGUGCCCAGGCAUUCUUCGAGUGGACUGUAAGCGCGGGAAAUAAUACCGCGCGCUGGGAGUGCGUCUUUCUGCCCGAUCAGGGUGCGUUGUUUGUAAAUUAUGUGAUAACGGCAGCAUUAUUAGGAAGCGGCCUGGAGCUUGUGAGAUUUCCAGAGCUGGCACUUUAUACCUUUAGGCUAUGCAUAGCGAGAAGUCGCGCGGAGCGCAUUUACGUUAGGAAAGCUGUUCUGUGGGAGUUCCCUCUGGGCGCGCACUACGCCUGGCUACUGUUGGUCUUCACAAUGACGACGGUUUACAGCCUGGCAUGUCCGCUCAUCACGCCCUUUGGGCUGCUCUAUUUAUCAAUUAAACAUUUAGUGGACCGACACAAUUUGUGCUUCGCAUACGGCCCGAGCGUUGGAGGAGGUCAAUUAUCAGGAGCUGCGGCGACCGCUGCUGGAGCUGCGCCGGUUCUCGCACAGGCUGCAUUUCUGGCCUUGGGUCUCGUGCGAACGGAACUAUCGCCAUUAGCCGCAGUCCAACUUAUCGGACUUGCAGCCAACAUUCUGGGUCUUGUCACCGGAGCGACCUUGCCUGCUUCGAAACCCAAGAGCCAGUCAUCGAAACGAGAUUUAUCCGCGGGUCAGCAUUUCGUUGCACCAGUGCUGCGGAAGAAACUUAACGUGGGCAGUCCGGAGGAGACGGUUUCAGGAUCUACAUCUGUGCAAAGCUCACUAAGUACGAAAGUUUAUACCACAAGUUCUUCCACUCAAGGAAGUCCAAAAUUAUAUCAGGAUUACGGCAGAGAACCAACUAACGUGUAACUCGUUACACUGUUAUAGGCUAUUUUGUUUCCCCUUUUUUUGUUUUAAUAUAGAAUAAUAAUUGAUCGGUUGUAUCAAUCGGUGUUUAGAAAGAGAAAGUAUGAGAUGUUUCGAGUAAUGGAGGUAAAUAUCUAACUUAUUUAGCGUUAGGAAUUGGUAAGGAUUAACGAAUUAUCACGAUAGCGAAUUUGUAUUAAAAAUAAAUGGUGCGACAAAAGAGAGGUGAGUGACCCGAUUCCGAUCGAAACAUCGAUUAGUAUUAUAGAAAUUCGUUGAUCAGAAAUUGGAUUCCUUACGUCACUCUGCGAGGUCAGGCGAAAGAGAAAAAAAUUAAUAUUUUAGGAAUAACCGGAAUUUUAAUCAAAGAAAAUAUUAUUGAAGAGAAUCGACGAAGCAAUAUAAAUAUAUACAUAUAGAUAUUUCUACAUAUUUUAAUACAUUGAUUUUUUACUGAAGCCUUAAAUAAUUUUCAUCUAAGAUACUUGAAAGAGAUUUAUUUAGGAAUUUCUUUACAUUUUUGGAUUUCAUUGAUUUGUACAAACUAAAUAUAUAUAUAUAUAUAUACUAGUUGUGAUCUUUUGCAUUGAUAAGAAUGAACAAUCAACUACCAAACGAUAACUAUAUAUAAAAAGAAUUGUAAAAUAUAUAUUAUUUAUACAGGUCUACUUCGCGUUUGUUAUAAGAUUUCAAAUCCAGGCAGAUUACAAUUUUUUACAUUUUUUUCAUCAAAAUUUGAGCCAUCACGCACAGACAUCACGGGCCACACUUUAAUUUAAUAAACGGACAUUAAAAUGUGUAAAAUUGUAUUCGGUUUCGUUUCGGCAAAGUAUUAUUAUAACGGUACUUAAUUAAAAGUACGCAAGUCAAUCGUUGUAUUACACGAAACAAGACUUACAGUGAAUCUCAUUUUAAGCAAUUUUAUAUUUGUACAGUGUCAAACAAAAUGAAUUGUAGGCUGUUUCUUCUUUUUUUUUACUUGAGAAAGUACGUUGUCACGUAUUUAAUUUUUUUAAUGAAGCAGGAUGAUAGUUACGGGGGUACUGCUACGCGACUGUCAGGGAAUAUGGAAAUUAUAAUGCAGAGAUCUGUGUGUUGUAAUAAUGUGCAUUGUAUAUUUUUAUAUAAUAAUAUAAUGUUACAUAGUUAAAAUUAUAUUAAUCUUUUUGACACUCACAUCGAUCAAACCUAACGGUCACGCUCGCUUGUACACUGAACUUAUGUAAAAAAA